UAUGUAUCGAAUUCGAGCUAGAGUGGUGCGGCAAAAGCCACGGGACUGGGAUUAGCACCAUCUCCACCGAAAAAGAGACGAGGAAAACACGCCCUGCCCCCAAAGAAACACGCCGCAGGCGUGGACCGGACCGCGGGUCUGUGCGACGCCCGGCACCCACAGAUCCCACGAAAUUGUCCUCCGUAGCACACUGGACCUCACCUCGCUCUACUGACCCAGGGCGGCCGCCAUGGGCUCCUACCGCUACAGCUCCGCCUCGCAGUUCUUCUUCGCCGCCGGCGACCCCGGCCCCGGCCCCAGCCCCGCCGCGCGCAAGCCCGCCAGAACCGUCCGGAUCCCCGUCACCACGCCUCAGGACGCGGCGGCCGCCAGGAUCCAGGCGGCGUUCCGCAGCCGCCGGGUCCGGAGGCACGUGGCGGCCGUGCGCGCCGCCGACGCCGAGGCGACGCGGCUCGAGCGGCUGCUCCGGCGGCAGGAGACCGUGGACGCCGUCCGCGGCGACGACCGCGAGCGCGCGCGCUUCUCGGAGGCGCUCAUGGCCGUGCUGCUCCGCCUCGACGCCGUCCCGGGCCACGACCCGGCCGUGCGGGAGGCGCGGCGCGCCGUCAGCCGCCGCGUCGUCGGCCUCCAGGAGGUGUUCGACUCCGUGCUCGCCGCGCCCGAGGCCGACACCUACGGCGUCCCGGCGAGCCUGGCCCAGGUUCUCGAGGGGAUCUGGGGCGUCGGAGAGGCGCCGGCUGCGCCGCCGCCGCCGCCGGCAGCGGCCGCUGAGGAGGAGGCGAGGAGGAGUGGCUGGGGCAGGUUUUUCGGGGUACUUUAGCGCGCUUCCGCGACUGUGAGAUCGUAGUAUACCGCGUAUAAAUACGUACGUGUAUUUCGUGGAUGCUUACCAUCGUAGUAUACCAAGUGGUACAGUGAUGAUAUAUGAACAUGGAACGAAUACCUACAGUGAUAUACAUAUAUAUACUCUACUUUGCUGGUGCC